GCUCCGCCCAGUCCCGCCCCCCUGCCCGAGCCACAACAUGGCGGCCGCGCGCUGCCUGGGCUGGCCGCUGUCACCGCUGCGGAGACUGUGGCGGGCCGGGGGGCUCCCACAAAAUUCCGCCGCGGGCUUGUGCUCGCCAGGGAGGGCUUACUCCCGCACCGCCCUCUAUGAGCUGCUGGGCGUCCCUUCCACGGCCACGCAGGCACAGAUCAAGGCGGCGUACUACCGGCAGAGCUUCCUCUACCAUCCCGAUCGCAAUCCCGGGAGCACCGAGGCCGCCGAGCGCUUCACGCGCAUCUCCGAAGCUUACCUGGUCCUGGGCAGCACCGUCCUCCGUCGCAAGUAUGACCGAGGCCUGCUCACCGACCAGGACCUACGCGGACCCGGUGUCAGGCCCUCGAGGACACCCCCGGCCGACCCCACCCCUCCCCGCCCUCCCCGCUGUGCCCCCGGAGCUCACGAUGGCUUCCGGGCCUCCCCCGGCGACCGGCGCACCAUGUUCGACUUCGACGCCUUCUACCAGGCGCACUACGGAGAGCAGCUAGAGAGAGAGCGGCGUCUGCGCGCCCGCAGGGAGGCCCUUCGCAAAAAGCAGGAGAGCCGGGACAACAAGGGGCUCCGGUGGGACGAGACCCGAGAUGCCACUUUCUUUGUCCUCCUUUUCCUCAUCUUCGUCUUCGUCGGUUUUCGUAUUUAAUCGGAGAAAAGGAGGCAAGGGGAACAAGCCCAAGACACUUGCCUUUUUAACCUUUGAACUAUUGGUCUUGGAUUGAAUUGACUACCUCUAGUGGCAUUCUGUUGGCCUGGCCUGUCAUCAACAUAUCCCUCUCCUAUGGUCCAGAAAAAGAAGCUCUUUCCUGGCCAAGAAAGAGACCCCAGGAUAGAUACCCGGAGACCAGAAAUUUACGUGCUUUCCAGAGCCCCCUGGGUGCCUGCUUGCUCCUAGAAGUUGCCUUCCAGAUGUCAACUCCCAGAACAAAUGCUCUGGUUUUAUCCAGAAGCCAGGAGCAAGUUUUGUCUUGUCCCCUGCCACACGUUUAUACCAUGGGGCAGCACUUCCUCUGUAACCUUUGAACCGUGCAAUAUCACUGGUUGUCUGCUGCCAAAAAGAUUAAUUUGGGAGGCUUGCAUGAAUCUUGUCUUUCUGUGUUACCCCAAGCCAAAGGUGAGACUUGAUCGGCGAUCCAGCAGACGGGGACGUCCCUAGCUCAGGGAGAGAAUGCUAGCAGGCAGGAGGCGCUAGGUUUGGUCCCCAGCAUGGCUGUGGUGGUGGUGUGUCCCCCGUUUCUCUCAGGCCUGUUUCACACCACCUCUGUCAUGUGCCAUCGAGAAAACAAAGCCCUUGAGUAUGAGGAGUAUCUUCCUGUGUCCAUAUUUAUCUCGAGUGUGACCUUUGCGGAAGGUGCCCUGGGGAUGUAACAGCAGAAGAGACCUAUAUGGUAGAAGGAGAAAAGUAACUCCUAAGUUCUCUUCUAAACUCCAUGUAAUGGCGUGUGCAUGUGUGCGCAUGCGCACCUGGAUACUUCACACGCAGACAAAAUAAAUAAAUGUAAUAAAAAGAGAUGUGUAGCUCUGGGCCAGGGAGCUAGUUCUCUGGCUCACCAGUGACUCAGGAGAUUCCCUGCAGCACCACAGGAAUGGCCACCAACACUCAUUUUGGGAAACAAGAUAUCCUGUAUCUUGAACCUGUGUUCCCUAGGAGGUCGCCAGACUUCUUGAAGAGAGAAAAGGAACGUUGGCGAGUCACAGGCCUCGUGGUCAUCGUCUUGUGGAUGAGGAUGGGGAAGACUGGGAAUGUAGCUCCGUUGGUAGAGGGCUUGUGUGGCAUUCACAAAGCGCUGGGUUCCAACUGCAGCACUGCGGACCCUGAGCAUGGUGUGAUGACCCGAAGUUCAGUGUCACCCUGAGACAGAGUUUAAGGCCAGCCUAGGCUACGUGGACCUGCCUCCAAAUAAAUGAAGGGAAGUUACCUAA